UCUUUAUGCACUAAUUGCAUCCACAAACAGUCUCCGGAAGGUGGCGGUGUGGCGCCAUCAGUUUUCUUUUACUCUCUAUCGGCUGCGAAGAAGAGCGGAACCGCUGUUGUCAGAGAUGUUGCUGUGGAUACGUGAAGUUUACGACUCUCAAAGUCAGGCUUUUUAGGAUGUCCCCAUCAUUGAUUGGCGUUUAGAGCCACUUUCCACCAUGCUGCAAGCAGAGACCCUCCAACUUCUGUGCCUCACAGCCUCCAGCGGGGUCCCUCUGUUCUCACGAGGCUCCGCAAAGCAGCUUCCCUUUUCCAUCAUCGGCUCCCUCAAUGGCGUCCAUAUGUUCGGCGCCGGUCACGGGGCUCAGUUGGCGAGCUGUGAGACGGAUCGAGGGAGCCGCGUGGUUUGGGGGGUGUUUCAGGAGAGCCUGAUGCUGAUCGCGGUGAGUGGCGGCGGAGGCUCCGCCAUCAGCGAGCUGCAGCUGCGCCGCCUGCUGGAGAACGUGUGGAACUGCAUGGUCCUGGUCCUGGGACGGGACGAGCUGGCAAACAUACGCAAUGUGGAGCGGAUAAAACGAGAGUUGCGCUCUUGUUACCGCCUGAUCGACGUGCUCCUGGAACGCGUUAAUGACGAGCAGGGAUUUAUGGGAGAGCUGACACAGUGCGCCGAUUGUUUGCUUCUCUCCCACUCCGGCUUGCUUCGGGAUGUCUUAGACUCCUUCGCUCAAGCAGCGGAGAGCGAAUUUGGCUGCCUGCUGGUGCACGGCCGCGUGGCACAAGCCACGGAGAAGUGGUGGUCGCGGCUGACGUCCCAGGAAGUUGUUCUGCUCUCAGCCUUGGUGCAGUCGCUUUCUGGAGCGUCUUCGUGCGACUACCCCGUCUUCCUUCCCCAAGGUAGUCCCACCGUCGCUAUUCGCUUGCUCAGUUUCCAGCUACUUCCUGGGGUUCACGUGUGCGUCCUAUGUGGCCCCAAACCCUCUUUGUGCAAAGCAGAGAAUGAGCUCAUCGGUCGUUUUUGGUCCACUUUUGCAGAGAACCUGCGUAGCUGUUUGGAGCAGGCCAAACAUUCUACUCUUCCCCCGUCUGUUAGCCUUCGCUGGGACGUCCAGGCGCUUCUCCUCAUCAACCGCGAAUCUCGCCGCGCCGACACCGUCUGUCCUCGUGUCCGCGGUGGUGCUCCUUCGGGGGCUACGCCUCUCCUCUCAUCGGGCAGGCGCUUGGAGCUCCUCCGCCUCUUUUAUACGUUUGCCGUCACUCGAUAUUUUACCUGUCAGGAGGCAUCGGUUUCUUCGACUACCUCGGAGGGUUUCUCUCAGGGUUUUACCCACGUCCCUGUGCAGUGUUACCUCGUCACAGACGAGUGUAAAUGUUAUGGCCUGCAGAGUUCCCAACACCAGCUCUUCAUCCUCAUGGAUCUCUCUGUGCCCACGUUUGCACUCCGUACUGUGGCUACACAGACUCUCUCAGCGGUUACUGCUGCAACUGGUUUUUAAGGGCACUAGUUUGGACAUGUAUGGGUCACUGAACCAAACUUACUGGAUUUGCAAAAAUGAACAGCUCAUUAAGGAUAGUUCACAUAAAUCAUUGUUAUCUUAACCUCAUGUCCUUUUUACGAGCUCCUAAAAAUGGUUCAUACAAUGACAGCCAUUGUUCGAAACAACAGUGAAUCACAUUUAGAAAAAAAAUGGCAAGACAUUCUACUUAUCUUCUUUUGAGUUCCACACAUGAAAGAAAGGCAUGCAGAUAUGGAGGACAUGGGGGUUAGUAAAGGAUGACAAGUAAACUAUCCUUUUAAAUAGUCACUGGCAAUUUCUCGUUGUGUUCUUUAAAUUAAAGCUUGUGCCUUAUUGCAUAUUAAUCAAAAGAAGACUUUUUGUUAACGCUUUACAACAAGAUUCAGUUUGAGCUAACAAUGAACUACGUAUCCCAUUUAUUAAUAUUAAUUACCGUAUCGUUAUUUUUGCAUCUACUAGUACCUUUUAAAAGAAGUUUAGAGUAUAAAUUAAACCUAUAACACAUGCUUUAUGCGUAAGUAUUAUUCAUUGUUAUUUUGUGAUGCUUAAUGUAUUAAGUACGUUAACAAAUUGAACCUUAUUGUAAAGUGUUGCUAAUAUUUCUUUACAGGAUACAAACGAAUGUGAUUCUAGAACGUCAAUCAAAAUAUAGACUCAAGAGCACUUAAUGACUACUGUAUAACUGUAUAUGUGUAGCACUCACACUGUGUGCAUUGCUGUGUUGUUAUGAAACAUGGAUGGGAAAUGUGUUUGGCGUUAAAGGCCAACUAAAUAUUAUUUUUGAAAGCUGUGUGUGUUAAUAUUCACUUGGUGAACAAAUAAAUGUGAACAAAUACAUAUGCAUCGUUAGAUUUCUGUUUCAUUUUCAACAAGGAAAUUCUGCAUGCUGCAUUCUAGCAAUAAAUCAGCUGCUAUUAUUACUGAACCACAUUCAUGUUUUACUCAAUUGUUGUUUUUUUCCUCCCUAAAUGUUUAUUUGUAAAAAAAACAUCUGAAAUCUGUGUAACCACGCCCCCUGCUGUCCAAUAAUAUCAUGUUCCAAUAUUAUGAGUCUUUUAUUUUUGUAACAAGAGUGGGUGAUGUUAAUGAAGUGCCUAAACGCUUACAGGUUAAAUAAAGAUAUUGGGUGUGAUUAUCGCCUCAAUUAACAUUUUAAUAGCAUGUUUACACCUCAUUUU